ACCGCCUCGUGAUCCACGUUUCAUGAACUCGAAUUGGUGAUAUCUGUUGUUUUUCAAGACCAUAUAUGCGCAUUGGUCCUUGGAAACCUCUUUUCGCCUGCAAAGAUCAUUUUUACCUCAUUUCCAUUCCAUGAACAGUCUAUCCGACUCCAACAUGACUACUAUCUCCCCUCGCAUCGAGAAGAAGAUUCAGCGCUGUUUCUUCGUUUCUCUUGCUUUUGUAAUUGUUAUUCCUAUCCUCUGCGUCGUCUUAGGAAAGACUCUGCAUCCUGAUGAGUUUUCAUACGAUGCAAUGCCUUCCUCGGACGACAAAAUUCGAAUGGUUUCCCUGGACGCGGAUUUGCUAUCUGCGGAUUUGAAGCAGGCAACGAUAGUCCUUGAUUGGGGCAUUACCCGUGAUACCUGUGAUCCUUAUGAUGCAAAUUCCGAGUGUGCAAUCGUCAAUAUUUAUUUUGAUGAAAAUCUUCUUCAACACUCUGAUACGAACAGCAGCGAUCCAUCUGACAACAAUGUGCCCACGGAUCCUACAUUUGUCUGGAAUGUCACUGCAUCUUACAAUAUACUUUCCAAUUUCCCGAGGUUCCAGACAGAGCUUUCCAUAUUUCCACAUUCCAAGCAUUCAGGAAAACAUACACGUUCGAGCGACGUGUAUUAUCCCUUUGAUAAGUACAUUGCUGAAGUAUUUGCCUUCGCCCGAGAUGCAAGCACCCAGGAACCUGUGAGAUUAUUUCUCGACUCAACCUCUGGACUUGCUGCAGGACUCAAAGUCAUGGGUGACGUUGCUAAUACCUCUGGUUUAGCCAAUGACGGUAUUCCAGAAGUUAUCGGUGUUUUAGUUCAUAUAAAAAGAGGGACUUUGGUGAUAUUUUAUAGUCUUGUGAUCACAAUCAUAUUCUGGCUUAUCACCCUCGCAAUAUGUUUUGUUAUGAUUAUGACUGUAGGGUUCGGCUUCCGACAGAGAAAUGAGAUUGUCGUCGUUCCUGUUGGGAUCCUGUUUGCAUUUAUUCAGUUGCGUUCAACGAUGCCUGGAGCCCCAGAUGGAUUUGGUGACAUUUUAGAUUUUGUCGGUGUACUGCCAUGCCUGGUUCUUCUAUCCAUUUGCGCCGUAACCAUGGUCGGAAUCUAUGUUUUCACUGAUCCCGCAAAGGAUUCUCGUCCAGAUCUCACUUGGUCUGCCUUAGUACAAACCCUCACUCGCCUUAGAAAUAGAGUAUUCAGAAAGAAGGGGAGCAAGUAUAAACAGCUAUCAGACUCCCAUGACAUGCUUCAAAUUCCGUUGACGGACGUUUGAAAUGGUACAGCUGGUGAUUUUUUAUCACAACUUUAUAAUGUAGAUGUAAGGGAUAUGGAUUUCCUUCGGAACGGUUAGCUAUGUCACUUCUUGCUUUCUAUCUCCCUACAGCUUUGGACUGCUACAUAUGCACCAUCUUCGGCCUUUUCGCUUCUUAACCUUUGAUUUUCACCUUAUCUCCUGUCUUUGACUCCAUCGUACUAUGGAUAAUAUACCUACGCCGAUCGUACUCCGUUCUCUGGUCGGAGACCCUCCGUAAGGUAGAUUGCUUACAGUAGGGCAUUGGUAGAAAGUAAGUGGAUACUAACGUAGCUAUCCUGUAUGUAUUGCUCUUAAUUAAAUAAUGCUAUGAAUCAUGGAUUUCCCGUCUCGUUGAAAUGUGUAUAACGUGUUGUUUCAGGAAACGGUAUCGAGGAAACCAUAUAGUAGCAUGCAGUAUGCAACCAUGAGGACUCCGAAGGAUCGGGUCACAUAUUAAGU